AUGGUUUCCAUGGAAUCUAACUUAAUCACAGUGACGAUAGUGUCCGUACCGGAUCCGGUCCCGGAUCAGGUGGUGGAGGCGGCGCUUACUGCGUUUGGACCUGUGACUAAGGUUACAGGGGAAACCUUCCCGCAGAAAGAGUUGGAAGGCAUCGAAACGGUUCAAGAGGGUACCAGCGGUUGUUCCGCGGCAGUUGCUCGUUCAUCUGUUCCGGGUGCGGAGUGCGGCAACUGUGAUACCGCCCCCGUGGGUGAUUCCUUCGCUCCUGCUGUCGAGCAGGUAAACACUGUAGACGACGACAGCGUAAGUGUCGCGUCUUCCGAGCUCGAUAGGUUGGUAAUCGACCUGGAGGCAGGUGCUGUGAUGCCUGGCACGCCUGGCUGUAAACGGAAGCAUGACUCCUCGGACGAGUCUUCUGAUGAAGUGGGAGACGCCCCCAUCGUUGCUGACGAAACAUCGGCUCCUGAUUCCAAGCUCAAGCCCGAUGCCAACGAAAUCACGGAUUCCGGUAAACGCCGAGCAUCCCUGCUAAGCUUAUGUGGUGAAGAGGUCUACGACACAUUGAGGUCGCUCCUGGUUCCACGACGUCCUUCUGAGGUGUCCCAAGCUGACAUAGUCAAAGUUCUUACUGAGCACUACAACCCGAGACCUUCAGAGCUACUUGCAAGAUGCAUUUUCUACAAGCGGGACCAAUGGCCCACGGAAUCGAUUGCAGAUUACGUGGCAGCGUUGCGCGCGCUGGCCAAAGACUGCAAUUUUGGUACUUCACCACCACCAACGCCCGAGUCUGCUGCUUUGGACGCCGGAGAGCAGACACAUACGACAGGUGCAACAACAACUUCCGGUACAACGACUUCCACUGUUUUACCACUGGACAUUAUGCUACGCGAUAGAUUCGUUUGCGGCGUGGCUGAUUCCCAUUUACAACGACGACUCUUGGCAGAGAGAGGAGGCAUCACUUUUCAACAGGCACUGCAAAUCGCAUUAACGGCAGAAACGGCACUGCGUGAGCGGACGCAGCUUCGACGAGAAUGUCUAGACACUAAGGUGCACAAGAUGUCAGCGACAACGUCGUCCAAGACAAAGAAAGCAAAGAAUAAGAAGAUCGCUUGUUACAGAUGCGGAGGUGAGCAUCGCAUGCCAGACUGCACUUUUCCGGACUCUAUUGUGUGCAAUUUUUGCCACAAAAAGGGUCAUAUGGAACGAGUUAGUUUCUCGAAGAAGAAACGUACAAAGAAAGGCGGACAGGCCAAGCAAGUAGCGCUACAGGACACUCAUGAUCUGUCAGGAGACGACAAUUCCGAAACAUUGUAUACAUUGUACAAUAUGCGUGGGAAAUCGAGCACACCUACGUUUGCGGUUACCGUUCACCUGAAUGAUCAACCACUACGCAUGGAAGUGGAUUCGGGCGCUACGUUCUCCAUCAUAAGCGAGAAGACAUUUAAUAAGCUCUGGCCUGCAGGUCAAAGUCAGCCCAUACUUGUGCAGGACGACUUGCACCUCCGAACUUGGUCAGGUCACAAACUAAGCGUUCUUGGGAAGACAACGGUAGAAGCAAGGUUGAAGGAUAAACGCGCCAAGGUCCUUGUCAGAGUAAUAGAGGGUUCAGGCACAAGCCUACUGGGUAGAGAUUGGUUUAAGCCUCUUGGCAUACAACUGGCUGGAAUCCAUAACAUGAAGUGUGAGUCAUUGGCACAGCUACUGGAAGAGUUUUCGUCGGUUUUUGAUACAACUCUAAAUGGACACAUUGGACCUCCAGUGCAUAUUGACCUAAAGUCAAAUGCCGUCCCUCGCUUCUUGAAGAGCCGUCCUGUGCCUUUUGCAUUACGAGAUGCGGUUAUCCGUGAACUGGAUCGUCUUCAAGAUCAAGGCAUUAUUGAGCCAACACAAUCUUCAGCGUGGGCAACACCAAUAGUCGUGCUGCGCAAGAAAGACGGUUCAUUACGCCUGUGUGGCGAUUACCGUAGCACAGUAAACGUUUCAGUGGCUACGAGCGCGUAUCCUUUGCCAACCGCAACGGAGAUACUUAGUAGCCUAAAAGGUGGCUCCGUAUUCUCCAAGAUCGACUUAGCCCAAGCAUAUCAACAGCUUCUGUUGGACCAAGAAUCAUCGCAUCUUUUGUGCAUUAACACAAUCAAAGGACUUUACAGAUUACGACGCCUUCCGUUUGGAGUGUCCGUAGCACCAACCUUGUUCCAGCGAUUCAUGGACAAUCUGCUGGCUGGACUUUCAGGAGUUAAUGUUUAUCUCGAUGAUAUUCUCAUAUGCGGAAAGGAUCCAAAGGAGCACCUUUAA